CGUAGGUCCAAGCCCUGUGCGCUUUCAUUUUGGUUUAGCUACUAGCUAAGUGAUUCCAAAUAGCUUCAUAAUCUUGACUGGAGUUAUUUUUAGCUGGCGAUUAAAGUGUUGUUGGAGGGUAUUCGCUGUGUUCCUGUACCUAGAAAGUGUGUAAAUCCACUGAACAGAGGCGGACCUAGUUAGGUCUGGAUUAGCCGCUCCUCGAGACCGCUGGCUGCUCAGUUCUUAAAAGGAAUAUCUUUACACGUUGGGUGUCAUUAGCAAGUUAGCCCGCUAAAUUACCUAGCGAACACAUCAUCGCUAGGUUUUUACAACAUGUCAUAUCGGAGGACAAUCAAACUUGUGUGUGGGUUCGCUGGCGGAUCAGCGGUGCUUGUUGCCGCAGCGGAAUCCCGUGGUUAUUUCGGUGACACGCAAGGAGAGCGAGCAGGUCAGUGGAGUCGGUUCAAUAUUCUCCAAGCUGCACAGCCAGCGACAUGGUCAGCGGGAAACCACACUGUUGCAUCUACUCGACAUGCCUGGGACUUCAACUGGGAUAAGUAUGACUCCUUUAUUAGCUAAGUCUGAUGCAGACUACUGUAAAACAUAAAGGGUGUCUGAUGGGAUGUGGGUCAAAUCAAGUAGUUUAGUCUACACUGAGUGUGAUUGAUAUUUGCAGCCAGCAACAUGUUGACAGCCUGACAGGUGGCUUGUCAGGGCUCUGGGCAGGUAGGUCAUCAAGAGAAAUAAACCACCACACAAAUCACUGAUUUGAUCCCUCUGUACUGUACUAGGCGGGACUCGUCCACACUGUUGACAAAUGGAAAGAAGAAGGAGAACACCAGUGAAGACCCAAGCUCGGAGCAGGAGAAUGGCAAACCCAAAGCCACACGCAACAUCCUCCUCAUCAGGCACUCCCAGUACAACCUGAGUGGGAAUGGAGACCAUGAGAGAAUCCUCACCCCUUUAGGUUCUGUACCCUGUGCUGCUGUGUAUUCAUGUUGCUAAAGGCAUGAAACAUAGACCUAGUUCUCCACUCUGCUCUACAGCUCAACAGUUGCGUUUUAGUGAAUAAGAAGAGCAUAUUCAGCAGCACUCUUUAGAGGUGGUGAAAGUGGUAUACGAGUACAAUCUGGUAAUUUAUGGGACAAUGUGUUGGUGUUCUGCAGGUCGGGAGCAGGCUGAGCUUACUGGCCAGCGGUUGGCUGCCCUGGGGCUGAAGUAUGACAUCAUGGUCUACUCCACUAUGGCCAGGGCCACCGAGACGGCCAACAUCAUCAGCAAGUACCUCCCAGGUCAGAACCCUAGACCGGCAGACUUUACAGCUGAGGCGUAUGCCAGAGUCUAUUCAAUAUUCAGAGACACGCUUGUCUGGUACCACGGGACUAACCAGUACUGUGCAUCAGGGGUGACCAAAUCUCCUUCUGGAGAGCUACCAUCCUGAAGGAUUUCCCAGCCUCAAUCUAACACUCGUGGUUCAACUUUAGAAUCACGUUUUGACUUCAGAAAAUGGAUUGGUUGAAUCAAUAGACCAUGGGGUUAAAUCAGGUGUGUUUGUGUAGAGCUGGAGCAAAAGCCUGCACACCCAGUAGCUAUUCAGGAGGAGGGCUGGCUACCUCUGCUGCUAUUCAUGGUGCAGAUAUUUACAGUUCCUUCAGAAAGUAUUCACACCCCUUGACUUUUUCCACAUUUUGUUGUGUUACAGGCUGAAUUUCAAAUGGAUUCAAUUGAGAUUUUGUGUCACUGACCUACACACAAUACCCCAUAAUGCCAAAGUGGAAUUAUGUUUUUUGACAUUUUUACAAAUUAAUAAAAAAUAAAAAGCUGAAAUGCCUUGAGUAAGUAAGUAUUCAACCCCUUUGUUAUGGCAAGCCUAAAUAAGUUCACGAGUAAAAAUUUGCUUAACAAUGCACAUAAGUUGCAUGGACUCACUCUGUGUGCAAUAAUAGUGAAUGACUACCUCAUCACUGUACCCAACAUAUACAGUUAUCUGUAAGGUCCCUCAGUCAAGCUUUUAAAUGUAUGUAGUUCUGUCCUUGAGCCAUUCUUGUCUAUUAAUGUUCUGAAUUAUGUCGUUUCAUGUUUGGUGUGGACCCCAGGAAGAGUAGCUGUGGCUUUCGCAACAGAUAAUGGGGAUCCUAAUAAAAUACCAAAGCAGUGAAUUUCAACCACAAAGACCAGGGAGGUUUCCAAUGCCUCGCAAAGAAGGGCACCUAUUGGUAGAUGGGUAAAAAAAAAAAAGCAGACAUUGAAUAUCCCUUAGCGUGGUGAAGUUAUUAAUUAUACUUUGGAGGGUGUAUCAAUACACCCAGUCACAAGAAAGAUACAGGCAUCCUUCACUCAGUUGCCGGAGAGGAAGGAAACUGCUCAGGGAUUUCACGAUGAGGCCAAUGGUGACUAAAAGAGUUACAGAGUUUAAUGGCUGUGAUAGGAGAAAACUGAAGAUAGAUCAAUAAUAUUGUAGUUACGCCACAAUAUUAACUUAAUUGACAGAGUGAAAAGAAGGAAGCCUGGACAGAAUACAAAUAUCUUUCAUAUGGUUUUUUUUAACAGAAAUGACAAUUAAAUCCAUUUUAAUCCCACUUUGUAACAGAACAAAAUGUGGAAAAAGUCAAGGUGUGUGAAUACUUCCUGAAAGCACUGUACAUCACUUGAUACCAAAGCUCUAUCUCUGAUAACCGCCUCAGAAGCUUCGAUCUCAGAUUUUCAGAUGUAAAAGUUGUCAUGAAUAGAUAAGUAUUUCACUACUCACCACUAACUAACUUUAAUCUUCUGAUUUGUAAUUGGUAUAGGGGUAGAGCUGGUGAGCUGUGAUUUGCUUAGGGAAGGAGCACCCAUCGAACCUGUGCCUCCUGUUAACCACUGGAAGCCUGAUGCUGUGGUGAGAGACACGCCCAUUCUCUGUCAUAUUACCUCCUGUUUAGUUUCCCUUUCACUUAUUAGUUACUGCCGUCUGCAUCAUUCAAUGCAAUGUAUUCCAAUGAGAGGUCAGAGGUAAUCUCAAACCCUCGUCUGACACGACCACUGUGGACCUCUACCGCUCUACAGCAGUACCACGAGGACGGGGCCCGGAUCGAGGCUGCCUUCCGCCGCUACAUCCACCGCGCUGACCCCAAGCAGAAGGAGGACAGCUACGAGAUCAUCGUCUGUCAUGCCAAUGUCAUCCGCUAUUUUGUGUGCAGGUGUGUUGGUCUCCCCAGGCAGGCUGAAGCUGGAGCAAAGCCUCAUUCAACAAGAUGAUGCCAAUCAACAUGAUGACUUUGUCCAGCAAUUUCACUGUCUUGCUGAUGUCUUUGCAUUUCAUGACUAUAAUGAUGUGCUUUCCAACAUCGCAUGAUGUGAAUAUUUGUUUUUAAAAAUAGACCAGCUCUCAUAGCGUAUUUAGGUUGCUUUUACAGGCUCUCUCCCUCCCUCUGUGUGUCAGGGCUCUGCAGUUUCCUCCAGAGGGCUGGCUGAGGAUGGGGCUGAACAACGGCAGCAUCACCUGGCUCACCGUGCGCCCCAGCGGCAGAGUGGCACUGAGGACACUGGGAGACUCAGGGUUCAUGCCCCCAGACAAACUCACACGGACCUGA